GGGAGUUAGACCUCCUCGCCCAGUGACGUGGUUGGUCGGUUGGUCCCCCCAAGACGCCCGCUUUUCUCGGCAUGGAGAGUGCGGAUGCCCAUCCAGCGAAGCGGAAGCGGUCCAGAUUUCAAAGCAUGUGCAAGGCAUCAGCUUUGGGGCAGUGCUCUGCAUCUGCUGGUCGCGGCCAAGCAGAAAAGCCUGGAGCCGGGCCCUGCCAUGCACUCCGCCACCAGUGGCGCCUGCCGUGGCCGCUGGUUGGUUGCUCUGCGCUUGCUCCACGAAGUGCAGCGGCUCAAGACGCAGCUGGUCUCUAUCAGCCACAAUACGGCCAUGAGCUCUUGCAAGUGGCCAGACAUUCUACGAUUGGUCGUCGACAUGCGCCACCGGGCCCUCCAGCCGGACGCCGCGAGCCGCGCGGCGGCGGCCGGCGGCGGCGCCUGGCGCUGGGCUCUGGGCAUUGGAGGUGGUGGAGGCGACCUCGAGAGGCCGCGCCUCGCGUUCCACGCGCUGCUGGGCGCCGUUCCACGCGAUGCCUGGCGGAGGGUGUUGGAGCUGCUGCGCUCGAUGCCUUUGGAGGCCUUGGAGCCCGACAUCGUGAGCUACAGCGCGGCCAUGGGCCAGGCCGGACCGGCCUGGGCCCUGGCGGGCGCCCUGCUGGUGCAGGCGCGGCGCACGGGGCUCCGCCUGGACGCCCUGAGCUACACCCGAGCCAUCCAGGCCUUCGGCAGCGCAGGCCAGUGGCAGCACGCUGUGCGGUUGCUGAUGGACAUGGAAGAUCGUCAGGUGCAACGGGACGGAGUCGCCGUGAAGGCCACGAUCACCGCCUGCGAACGAGGUAGCGAAUGGGAAGGAGCACUUCUCUUGCUGUCCUUCAUGGAGCUUGUGGCACUUCAACAGGAUGUGGUGGCGUUCAAUGCCGUGAUGAGUGCUUGUGAGAACGUGGGGGAGUGGCAAGUGGCUUUGCAUUUGCUGCGGUCCAUGGACUCCUUGGAGAUCCAACCAGAUGAGAUCUCCUUGAAUGCUUGCCUGAGCUCCUGUGAAAAGGCGCACGAAUGGCAGGUGGCCCUCCAGCUCCUGGUUUUCGCCGAAAACGCCGACGUCAUCGGCUACAACGCGGUCAUCAGUGCUUGUGCCAACUGUGGCGAAUGGCGAAUGGCUUUGGCUGUGCUGGCCAAAAUCACCGAAGUGCAGGCGUUGCCCAACUGUAUCAGCUUCAGCGCCGCCAUCAGUGCCUGUGAAAAAGCUUGGCGUUGGCAGGUCGCCUGCAGCUUGCUGGAUGAGAUGCCACGCUGGAAGGUUGAGAUGAAUGUGAUUGGAUGCAACGCAGCGCUGAGCGCCUGCGAGAAGUGCACGGUGUGGCCGGUGGCGCUGGAGCUGCUGAACGCCUUUCCAGCGCUGGCAGUCCGUGCUGAUGCGAUCAGCUACAAUGCGGUGCUGAGUGCCUGCGACAAAGGCAAAGAGUGGCAGCUAGCGUUGUUUCUCCUUUCGCAGCACGUGGCCCCUGAUGAGAUUAGCUGCAAUGCGGCCAUCAGCGCCUGUGCCAAAGGUGACGAGUGGCGCCCGGCGACGGCGCUCUUCGGGAGCAUCGAGUGCCGUGGCCUUCAGCGUGACCUCAUCAGCCACAACGCCGCUUUGGCAGCCUGCGCGCGUGGCUUCCAGUGGCGCUGGGCCGCUCUCGUGCUCCAGCACUGCGACGUGGAGCCGGAUGCCAUCUCCUUGAAUGCCGCGGUGGAUGCUUGUAAAGGUCGAGGCGCUUGGCGUGCCUUGUUGGAUUUCUUGUCGAUGGCAGAAUGCCGGAAGCUCUCGAAGACAGUGAUCACGCUGAACACCGCACUGUUGACCUUCAACAAGGCCGGGCGUUGGCAGCUGGCGCUUUCGACCUCGCCGGGCAACGCCAUCAGUCGCAGCCUGGGCUGCGCGGCCUGCAGCUUCGCUGGACGUGUGCGGCAGCUGCGCGAGGUGCUGGGCGAGUUGGAGCAGGAUGGCCUUGAAGCGAACCUGAUGCUAGCGCCAAAGGCGCGCCAGCUGCGCAUGAAGGAG